GAAAGGAGGCUGCAUGAUUUCCGUCAUUGUCCAUGCAGACUGUUGGAGACAUACAGAACAAAUGAGUCAACAAGUCCUGACCACUGAGUCUAAAAUAGUCUUUCUGUGAAACCACAGCAGUGAGUGCUCACAUUUUUGUGAGAAUAAAGCGAAGUCUAUGGAAAGAAAAGCAAAUGGGAUUUAUGUUUCCUAUGAGCUUGAAGAAUAUGGAAAUAAAGUCAUAGCUUGAAUAGCUUUAUGGAUCAGAAAGCAAAUACUCUGAGACUUACUCAUGACUACUGAACAAACAUUUAGACUUGAGCGGUAUUGGCUACAGCGGACCGGAAGUCUUGUCCACUGCAGCCUUAAGGCAGGCAUUGUAAACUGCUGCAGCCGUACCCGACAAACCGGAUUAAAGCGUGACACCUUGAACACCACUAAGACUCCACAGCAGGAUGAGGUGACAGUGAUACAAGUGGAACAAUUACUGAAAAAUCCUCCGGACGGUUUCUCCGUGGAGGACCUUACCACCGGUUACCGAGUCCACAGUGACCCGGAGAAAAGCAUGGUGCUCAUCGAUGACUUCAACUCCUGCAGAGGGAAAAUAGUUUUCCUGAACUCGAUGGGAAGGAAAGUUAAAAUGCAAAACUUAAGGGAGUACACCAGCAUGAGAAAGAGUCUGCUGUCCAAAAAGAUUUGUCUGCUGGUGUCAGCAUGCGAAGAAAACGUUUCAGUGAACGACGAAAAUGCAGACAAUGGAGCAAGAGAUAACUUUGCAAAAGUAAUCAAGCAGUUUGUGGUGUCAAUCGAUGGAAACGAUCCUUUCAUCAAGUGGCAGAUGGAGAAAGGCCUGGACUGGACCAUCUCCUCUGUCGCAGGAGAAAGCUACAGGGUGGAUAUUGACUUGACUGAAAUAAUGGAGAACUGGGCAGCGAAAAACAGCAGUAUUAUAACUGACACAUUAACAAAAGUCAAACCUGUGUGGAGGGACGCCUCCUUCACCCUCAAAUACUACUCUGACGCCCUCUUUGACUUCGCACACUGGUUUAGGUUCAGCAAAAGGAAAUUUAGUGUAAGUAUCUCUUAUUCUUCUUAGAAAAUGACGAUAGUAGCUUUUCCUGUUGCUGGAUUUGUCAGCUUGAACUUGUCUAAUUUGUGUUCUCUGCUAACAUCUUUUAGUUGAGACUGACAUAAGCCAGCAUUGGAUGGAGAGAAAGAGAAACAACAUGGAGUUAGGCACUGCUUAAGGAAGUAACCUGCCAGAUAAAUGAACAGCCUACCCCUUCAGACAGAACGGCUCUGUAAUGACUGUUUGGUUCAGAUACUUCUUCCGUUAAGUUGGUUGAAACCACUGAAAAGAACAUACAAAGAAAUACUGUAUGCCAUGAAGAUUAUUCAGGCAUAUUUUGUGUUAAAAUGUUUUUUUUAAUGUGUUUUUUGAUAGUAAACAGAUGUUGCCCUAACUUGAUUUGAGUUGAAAGGGUCAAAUCGGCAUUGCAGAAUUAAAUGUUUAAGACUUUUGUACUGAAUAAUCCCAAUUUGUUUAUGAAAUUGUAUUUGAUUACCAAACUGACACACAAUUUUCUCUUUAUAGAAACAGAAAUGAAAUCAGACUGUUAUUUUAGUUGUUAUCAAUUAAUAGACAAAUGAGGAAGUGUUGUUUGUGCCAUUAUGUGACACACAAUGCUCUAAGGGAGGAGGAGAAGAGCAGAUGCAGCGCUGGUGAUGGUUUCCACGUAUUCCUUAUAGUCGCUGCUGCAGAAGCGCACCAGCAGGUAGUUGAAGAUGCCCACAAUGCACAUCAGGAACAGGAAGAAGAGGACGCGUUUUCCAAACAGGUAGCCUGGGGUGCUACGAAUAAUGUUUAAAUAUAUGUUAGAUACAUCUCUUAACAAACACAACAUAGAUCACUCAUGAAUAUUUACCUUUGAGAGGUUUGUCCCAUGUAUCCAACAAAGUACUUCUGUCUGACUACAAGAUAGAUGAUCCCAGCAAAGCUAGCAGGAGCUUCAGAGAUGGGAUUGUACAAAAUGAAGUUAUGGUCUCAGAAGAUAUUACAUUACAAUGAAACUCUGAAAAUGAGAUCAAAGUUGUACUUGUAAUAAACAGAAUUAUGAACUGGGAAGCCAAUGUCAUAUAAGGCUAUAUAAGAAAAGCAUGGCAGUUCACAUGUUAGCAGCAGUAUAGCAUGUUGUAGUUUAUUAGCCUUUAAGCCUUUAAUUGAGCUGUUCUUAUCUAACAUUGCAAUGUAACUUUGAUCUGCAUUGUAACAUUUAUUCGUGUAAAGUAUACCUGUUCUAUUUUAUUAUCUUUGCUUUUUAAUGACUGUUUUUUCUGUGUUUCUGCUGAACAAUUUCUUAUGCUCAUAAUGUCUUUCAUUUUUGAAAAGCACUUUGAAUUGCCUUGUGUUGAAAGGUGCUAUAUAAAUAAACUUGACUUGACUUG